AGAUAAAUGAGAUGUUACAUGUGAUUCAAGCCAAACUUUCUGAUGUUUCUCUACAAGGUCACGGAAUGUGAAUGAAUGACGCAGAGAUGAUGGCCUCGCCCCCUCACCCCCUUCCCCGGCUGGUCAUGUGACCUCCUUCCUCUCUGGGGGUCUUUAAAGCGUCGUCCCCUCAGAGAGAGUGAGAGUGACAGCAGAGUCCUAGCGACAGAUCCUGUUAGUGGAGAAACAAGGAUUGUGGGAGUUGUGGUGCAGGUUCUUCUUAUUUGUCUCAGACAGCAGCAGGAUGUUUGUCUCUGUGCUGCUCUGCUGUUGCUCCUUCAGUCUGCUGCAUCUCUCCUCCUCUCUGGUUCAUGGAAACAUCCCGCUGGAUGAGGGUCCGGCGGCCGGCCGACACACUGAGACCUCCUACCUUUCUGACAUGGAGAGAGGCCACGCCCCUGACCGCGUACACGACCCCACCAUCCUACCCGUCGACUCAGUGGAGGAUCGCUUCCUGAUGGACACGGGGUCCUAUGACGAGGACUCGUCAGCAGCCCUGCAGCUGCAGGGUCGGGCCAUGCGCUCCCCUCGUCGCUGCAUCCCUCACCAGCAGUCAUGUCUGGGUUACCCGCUGCCAUGCUGCGACCCCUGCGACACCUGCUACUGUCGCUUCUUCAACGCUAUCUGCUACUGUCGCAGAGUCGGUCAUGCCUGCCCACCCAGACGAACCUGAAUGCACCUGACGAUGUCCUGCCGUCAGGGGACGUGCAGGCUGAAGAACUGUUGAUGCUGUUUCAUGUUGUAGAAAAUGUUGUGUGUGAAAUAAAGGACAUGUUGGGA